AUGCUUUCUGCUCGCGCCGUCAAGAAUAUCCAGCAGCUGGGUCUUCCGUUCCGGUUCACGCCGACCCCCAGUUAUGACCCAGAAACCAAUCCACAAGGACUUAUUUCGUUUGGCAUGGCAGAAAAUGUCACAUUCACACUUGACUCCGUCAGCUAUCGAUCAAGCGCAGCCAUCAAUGCUCGGCUCCCGAGCAUUGCAGCUGCCCAUUUAGAAAGGGUCCUGAGGACGCACUCGCCAAUUGACCCAGACCAUGUUUUCAUUGCCGACUCUCCGACCUCUCUCGGCAACAUGCUCGGUUUCAACCUUGCAGAGCGCGGUGAAGGCAUCUUGGUUAGUCGUCCGGUCUAUGGGCGUUUCGAACUUGACUAUGGUGUUGAAGCGGGAGUUGAGAUUGUUUAUGCCGACACGGCAACGGACGAGGCAUUCACGCCUAACUCGGUCGAGAAGUACGAGGAAGCUUUAGCAGCGGCCGAAGAGCGAGGCGUCAAGAUUCGUGCGGACUUCGCCUCGGGUGGCCUGCACCUGGGCUUCUUGAUUACUGCAAACCAGCAACUGCGUCAAGCAUGCAAGAUGGUCUUGCGACUCCAUGGGCCAUCCCAAGCCGCAAUCACAAUCGGAGCAGCUAUUUUGGAAGACCAGGAAUUUGUCAAAGAAUUCAUGGCCAAGUCCCAGGCCAGCCUUGCAAGAGGCUAUCGACUAGCGACCUCUACUCUUGAUAGAGAGGGCAUUAACUACAUGAAGGGAGGGUGA